AGCCGGCGCGUGAUAUAAGUCGUUCGAACCGAUCAGCAUCGAAAUUUUGAGUCGCGCUCAAAUAGUUUGGGUGUUUUUGCAAUAAAUAUUUUAGUUAAAUUUCAGUGUGCACAUAACAAUGGCAACAUUUUACACCUACAAAACGUCGUACACCACGGAUCACGGAAAUAAAAUGGAUGAUUCUGCAACACUUUGGCCAUACAGAACGACCCCGUUGGUGCUACCAGGUGCAAAGGUGAAGCGCGACUCAAAUGCUAAUGAUUGCUAUCUGCGCCACCACCCGAAUCCGGCCAUGAGGGCUCCCGUUCAGUCAACAUUAAAUCAUGAAGUUUUAAUGAAGCAAAAGGUUGCCGAUUCAGUAUUACACAGAGUGGCUGGUGAUAGCAUAGCAAACAAGGUUGUGCAUAAACAAUUCAAUUCUCCAAUUGGCCUCUAUUCCGAUGCCAACGUCGCCGAAGCGAUUCGUCAUACAACAAGCCUACCAUAUAAACCGACUGUUGUUUACGAUCCCGCCAAGAGUGAGACCUUUAGAGCUUUGCAGGAAGAAGUAUACGGUGGUGAAAUACAAGAAGUCAGUACUCCAGCCCAAACAAAAGUGUUUCAACCGACCAAAACUGUACAAUUCAAGAAACCAAAUCCAGUAAGCCAACCACAUUAUCAGCAGAAUCAAUAUCCUUUGAAUGAUUCUGGAGAAAUUCAUCAAAGCGGCUCAUUCAAGAGAUUAAUGCACCACGUUUUAAACCAAAGCAAUUAUUAAUUUUUUUAUUAAUGUAAUAGGAUGUUCAAAUUAAUUUAAUUAACAAUGUAAAAUUUCAUUUAUUAUUGUUCACUAUAGCUUUUCCAGGUAUGCCAUUAUUUAACAUUAAUAA